AUGGCCGUCGCCGAGGGGCCGACCGCAUUCGUGGAGCGCGCUGGGCGUGAACGGGAAGCGCUUGCGGCGGCCUCGUUCGACAGCGGCGCGGCGCGGCUGGCGGCGCAGCUCGCCGCGCAGCGGGAGGCGGAGGCAGCCGUGGCGCGUGAGGGUGAGCUUCAGCGUGGCGGUCAGGGUGUGAGGCGCGGCAUUCACCUCUGGCACCGAGCGCUGGUGCUCCUAGCCGAGCGGCGGCCUCAGCUGAGCCGGGUUGCGAUGCUGAUCGAACGCCAGCGCGGUGUCCGCGUCUCCGCCGCGCAAGAGGCCUACGAGAAGCUCUGCUCCACCGCAUGGCCCACGCCGGCCAAGAGCUGGGAGGCUGUCGCGAGCCAAUUCCCACCGCCAGCGCUCCUCUGGGCGGCUGAGGCCGAGAUCUGCAUGGCGUCAAACGGCCGGCUCAAGGACGCCCCGUUCCGGCCAGCGUUUGGCUCCGAGUCACCGCGGCCUGGCUGCCGCGAUUUGUCAUUCGUGUUUCAGCCUGGCCUCGUGAUUCGGAGGAGGUAA